AUCUGUUGUGGAAGGGAUAAUUUUGUGUGUAUUGAAUGCUAAAGAAGAGGGUGUUCAUAUCUUCAACCCCUCUGAUAGAGAGAGAAGAGAGAGAAGAGAGAGAGAGAGAGGGGCGUUUGUGUGAAGGAGGCUGGUCCGAUCUAUCCUUUUCCCUUUGAAUUUCACACACACCUUUUUAGUCUCACAAAAAGAUCAUAUUUUUAGAGCCCAACAAAUCCGUCAAUCUCCAAUUCAACUGAAUCAAGAUCCAAUUUUCGAUUUUGAGCUCAGAAUUUGGGGAAUUUCGAAGCCAAUUUUGGAAUUUGAUAGAGAAGAAGAAGGAAUAUGAGAGCAGGUUUGAGCACUAUUCAGCAGACCCUAACGCCAGAGGCUGCGAGUGUUCUCAACCUCUCAAUCGCGGAGGCGAGCCGCCGCAACCACGGCCAGACGACGCCGCUGCACGUGGCGGCGACGCUGCUGGCCUCGCCCUCCGGAUUCCUGCGGCAGGCCUGCAUCCGGUCCCACCCGAAUUCGAGCCACCCGCUCCAGUGCAGGGCGCUGGAGCUCUGUUUCAGCGUGGCUCUCGAGCGGCUGCCGACGGCUCAGAACGUGGACGGCUCGGGAGCCGAGCCGCCGAUCUCGAACGCCCUCAUGGCGGCGCUGAAGCGGGCCCAGGCUCACCAGCGGCGCGGCUGCCCCGAGCAGCAGCAGCAGCCGCUUCUCGCGGUGAAGGUGGAGCUCGAGCAGCUGAUUAUUUCCAUCCUCGACGACCCCAGCGUCAGCCGCGUGAUGCGAGAAGCCAGCUUCUCCAGCCCCGCCGUCAAGGCCGCCAUCGAGCAGUCCUUGAGCACCUCCACCCCUCAUUCUCAUCACAAUCACCACCACGUCGCUUCCAAUAAUGUCAAUUUCGGAGCUGGAAUUGGGGGAAUCGGACCUAGGCUCCUCCCAAAUCCCGGCCAAUUAACCUCUCCGCAGCCAAAUCAGAGCGUGUACCUGAAUCCGCGCCUCUCCGGGGCUGCCAAGGGGGAGGAAUUGAAGAAGGCUUUGGAGAUAAUGUCGAGAAGCAGGAAACGGAACCCGAUUUUUGUCGGCGAUUCGGAGCCGGAGACGGUGGUGAAGGAAUUGCUGAGGAAGAUAGUCAACAGGGAAAUUGGGGAUGAUUCGAUUCUAAAAAAUGUUGAGAUUGUGUCAAUUGAAUUAGGGCUUUUAUCCGAUAAAAUUCAGAUAGCAUCGAAAAUUGAAGAAUUGGGAGGGGUGAUCGAGGGCAGAAUCAGGGGCGGUGGAGUGAUCCUUGAUUUGGGGGAUUUGAAAUGGUUGGUGGAGCACCAGAAGCAGCAGCAGCCGGUGGUUUCGGAGACGGCGAGGGCGGCGGUGGCAGGGAUCAAGGCUCUGUUAGCUAGAUUCGGCGGAGAAACCAAUAAGCUCUGGUUAAUUGGAACUGCAACUUGUGAGACAUAUCUGAGAUGCCAAGUUUAUCAUUCAUCCAUGGAGAUUGAUUGGGAUCUGCAGGCUGUGCCUAUUGCUUCCAGAUCGCCUCUGCCUGCGCUGUUUCCCAGGCUUGGAGUUGAGAGAAUAUUGAGCAAUCCGUUGGAGUCUUUGAAUCCGUUGAAGCCGGCGGUAGCGAGCCCUCUGCCGGCUCUAACAAGGGGCCUAUUUGAAAACCCGGGCGCUACUCAACUAUUGUCCAUUUGUCCUAAAUGUUCGGAGAAUUGUGAAAAGGAACAGGCGAAGCUCGCAGCUAUUGAAAAAUCGUUCUCCGAGGCGAAACAGGACACAGUCCCGUCUCUGCCUGCGUGGUUGCAGAAUGCUAAACUCAACGCGGUUGAUGCUAUAACGGAAGAUGAAUCGCAGGGUAAGGAUCAACAUGUUCUUUCAAAGCAGAAGAUGCAGGAGUUGCAGAAGAAAUGGAGGCAGACAUGCUUGCAGCUUCAUCCAAAUUUUCAUCAGAAUACUCGGCUCGAUAGGGCUGAUCCGCCUGCUCUGUCUAUGUCGAGCUUGUAUAAUCCUAACCUUCUGUCGCGCUCGCCCUUCCAGCCGAAGCUGCAGAUGGCCAAGCCUCUCGGGGCAGCUCUACAACUGAAUAUGAAUCAAGCUUCGAGCCAACCUGCGGAUCUCCUCAAUCGCUCCCCUACAAGCCCAGUCAGAACCGAUCUGAAUCUUGGAUGGAAAGGACUGGACAACGGACCUGAGAAAGCUUUGGAGGAUCAUGCUAAAGACUUCUUGGGCUGCAUCUCGUCCGAGCCACAGACUAAGUUGCUUGAUAAAUUCUCUAACGCUUUGGAUGCCGAUACGUACAAGAAACUGCUCAAGGGGCUCAUGGAGAAGGCGUGGUGGCAGGCUGAAGCAGCGUCCGCUGUGGCCUCAGCCAUCACCCGAUGCAGAUUGGGGAAUGGGAAACGACGUGGUGCUGGAACGAGGGGUGACAUUUGGUUGUUAUUCACGGGGCCGGACAGAGUUGGGAAGAAGAAGAUGGCAACGGUGUUGGCCGAUCAAAUGUUUGGGGUUAAUCCUGUGAUGAUAUGCCUAGGCAAACGACGGGAUGAUGAAGAUUUGGACAUUAGUUUCCGAGGUAAAACAGCUGUAGACCGGAUUGCAGAGGUUGUUCGAAGAAACCCGUUUUUGGUGAUCAUGCUCGAGGACAUUGAUGAAGCGGAUAUGCUAGUCCGUGCGAACAUCAAGAGGGCGAUUGAGAGAGGCAGGCUCACCGAUUCUCAUGGCCGUGAAGUCAGCCUAGGCAAUGCCAUAUUCCUCAUCACUGGAGAUUGGUCUGUAACAAAUCCCGACGCUGUAAGAGAAGGUAGGUUCGUGGACGAGGAGAAGCUUGCGUCUGUAGCAACCGGUGGCUGUCAAUUGGGACUGAUCGUUAGAGAAAAGAGUGCGAAACGCAGACCUAAUUGGUUGCAGGAUGAUGAUAGGUCAAUGAAGCCAAGAAGGGAAUCGGAAGCUGGCUUGUCCUUGGAUCUUAACCUCGCAUCAGCAUUCGUCGAGGACGACAAAACUGACGGCUCGAACAAUUCGAGCGACCUGACCUUCGAUCACGAGGAUGAACUCAGCCUUGUAAAUGGGCACUUCUCUGUUACAUCUGUGCCUCAUGACCUCGUGAGCAAUGUGGAUGAUGCCAUAGCGUUCAAGCCCGUGAGCUCGGCUUUUGUCCGAAGGGAAAUCAAGAAAACAAUCACGGUUAAGUACUCCAUGGCCGUGGGCGAGAAGGCGCCGCCUAUACAAGUGGAAGACGACGUGUUGGAGAAGAUCUUAGGGGGGCUGUGGCACGACCGGAGCAGCCUCGAAGAAUGGAUUGAGAAAGUUGUUGCACCGAGUUUCGACCAGCUGAAGGCGCAGCUGUCCUUGUGCGGAGACCAUAGCAACUCGGUAGUUCGCCUAGUGGUGGAGUCGGGCUCGAGCGACCGGGGCAAGAGCCACGGGAAUAGCGAGUGGCUGCCUAGCAGCAUUCUGGUAUGAUAAUUUUGUUGAUGUUGGGGUUCAUAUUUGUAAAUAUUUUUGCUACUCUUUGGCACAUUAUAGAGUAAAAAGAAAAAAAGGAAAAGGAGUAAAAAGAAGUGUAACGGUUAAGAGAGGGAUGUUGACAGGUUAACGAAUCUCAAACCACAAUUACUUUUCUUUUUAUACUGUAGCACUACUAUUUGUUAAUUGCUUUUACUAUUAGUGCCAUAAAUGUUUGAAUAGGAAGAAGAUGAAUAAACACGAGGCUAUUUGAUUUGUCGAA